GCUGGCGCGCUCAGAUGCCAGUCGACGGGGAACGUUGACGAUAGACGUUGUCUUUCAAAUUGUUGUCGGACAGCUAAACGGUUGUGGUGAUUUUUGUGUUUGCUCCGAAGCAGUAUUUCUUGCAUUUAUUGAUAAAUAACAAAACACAGUUAAAAUUUAAAAUAAAAUACACAGACUCGUAUGUAUGUAUGUGCAUCUGGGCUAAGUGCAGAGUGAAAAGUGAAAGAAUUAUGUAAAUAUUGCAUCGGUCAGCGCGCAGAAGCCAUAAAGAACGCGAAAUCUAGCGGAUUCGGUGGAGAAUCAACAAUUAUCAUGUUAUUUACUAUAUACUAAUGCAUCAAUCGGCUUCAUAAAUAGUACGCGCUUCAAAACAGAUUUUAGAAAAUAUUGCUUAAUAAAUAAACAACUUCAAUAACAACAACAAACAAGUCAUCAAAAAUUAAUAAAUUAUGCCAAGGGUUAUUCCAACGCACUGAAAAUAUUGAACCCAGUCAAUUGGAAAAUCAUUCRUAACGUCGCCUUGAAACGCAAAUAAGCAAUAAAAAUUAGAACAAAAACCAAAAACAAUAAUUCAUGUCUAUAGUCAUCAUAUAUAGUGUUAACAAAAAAUAUGCAUACAUAACUAUUAUGUUCUUAUUGUAUACACAAGCUAUAUCACAUCACAUGUACAUAUAUGUUACUAUAUGUGCAUAUGUAUGGGAGCAAAGGCAGAACCCCGUCUUCACAGCAGCGUAAAAAAUUAUUUCUUAAUUAAAAGAUCGAAUUUCGCUACAUACAAACUCUAAAUAAAUAAAUCCGUGGUGAUGAGCCGCAUUUCGAAUAUUUCUCUACAAUUCAAACUAAAACCAAAAUGCUGCGUCGAAAUAUUUCGAAUCACAUUCGCCCGUUAUUGAUGCUGUUCGCCGGACUCAUAAUUGGCUUYUCAUUCUCUCAGCAACUUCGCAACAACGAUUGCGCCUUUCGACUGAGCUUGCCCAGUGGUGUCUUUUCGGCAAGAGAAGAUGAAUAUGAAGGUCAUACAAUUCCGCUACUGCCGGCCGGAGCAGAURAUCUGCUGACACGUUCUCUCAYUGCUACCACAGACAAUAAUACGCUGGCAGCGCAGCUGUACAAUGAAACGCGUGUGCUUUGUUGGGUACUAACUAGUCCCGCUAAUCAUGCCAAAAAGGCCAUCCAUGUCAAAAAUACAUGGGGCGCGCGCUGCAAUCGCAUACUGUUCAUGAGCUCGSAUAGUGACAAGGAACUGGGUAGCGUGAAAUUGCCGGUCAAGGAGGGGCGUGGGAAUUUGUGGCACAAAACGAGGGAGGCAAUGAAAUACAUCUACGACCAUCACUUUGACGAAGCUGAUUGGUUCCUGAAGGCUGACGAUGACACUUAUGUCAUUGUGGAGAAUUUACGCGCCUUCUUAUAUCCCUUCGACAGCAAAGCUCCUAUAUAUUUCGGUUGCAAGUUCAAAAAAUAUGUGAGACAAGGCUACAUGUCUGGUGGGGCCGGCUAUGUAUUGAGCAAAGAGGCUGUUAAACGCUUCAUGGAGGAAGCCUAUACAAAUGAGAAAAUCUGUCGCAAGCGUUCCGGUGGUGCUGAGGAUAAAGAAAUGGGCAGUUGCUUACAGAAUGUUGGCGUGGUGGCUGGUGACUCACGUGAUGAGUUCAAACGUGGUCGGUUCUUUCCGUCGGGUCCCCAAGGACACAUUAUACCAAAAAAUAAAUCGGCGUGGUACUGGCGUUAUAUAUUUUACAAAACAGAAGAUGGUCUCAACUGUUGUUCAGAUUAUGCAAUAUCUUUUCACUAUGUGCAACCAUCCUAUAUGUACGUGUUGGAUUACCUUAUAUAUAGCUUGCGUCCUUUCGGGAUUUUCAAACAGAUCGAAGCACUGCCAGCGAAACGAAAUAUGACUGAUUUGUUGGAAAAGUGGCGGAAGGAAGAGUCUGACAACCCUUUAUAAGUAUGUCUUCGAAGAUAUUUAGUAUACACGCGCGUGUAAAUAAUUUUGAAGUUAAUCUGAAAACUUAAUAAGAAAGAAGUUAUUAAUAUAACAGAAGCGAACUAAAUCUUAAAAACAAACUGGCUCUGGCAGUAGAGUGAACAGAACUUACUGAAAUUUGGAGCUGGAGUUUGUCCACAUACUUAKGUAUAUAGAUCUUUCAAUUUUGUCAUUAUAGUGCCUUAAAUCAUUAUUUAUUUAUCAUCUAGACCGUGGCAAAUUUGAUUAUUGAUUUAUGUAUGUACAUAUGUCAUCAAAAUAUUUUAAAAUAGUUUAGUCUACAUAUAAGAUUAGUUUAAUUAUURUUAAAAAUCAACUGUGUGUUUUUAAAUCAUAUUGGACAUUAAAURGUGCCACUAAACUUGUGCUGUGUCGUAAAUUAUAACCCAUAAAUGUAUAUAUCUACAUACUUAUAAGUGAUAUAAUGUGAUAAGUGUAAAUGCAAAUUAAAAAAUAUUAUUUCAUUGAAUGUGUCCAUAUAA